GGCCACAAAAAAAGGCAGCCCAACCAAAGCCGGCCAGCUAAUCGCCUAUUCCUUCCCUCGCAUUCCGGCAGCCUCGCCCAACGCCCGCCCGUGCGCCCCCGCGUCGCCGCUUCCUCCCUCCCGUCCUCGGCGAACCGAAGCCGCUAGCCCCCGACCGCCAUGGCCGCCGCGCUGACCCGCCUGCGAUCCGCCGUCGGGCGGCUCGGGCCCUCCCGCGCGCGCGCCUUCUCCGAAGCAGCCGCCGAGGCCGAGGCGGCGGGCCCGCGCCGCGACUCUAGGUCCUUCGCCGCGGCCGCGGUGGCCGCCGGGUCGGGGCUGGGGAUCUGGCUGCUGCCCUCGAACCGGCAGCCGCUCGCGGACUCCGGACAGGUGGCGGACGCUGCCUCCGCCGUUGCCGGCGGAGGCAAGGGGGCAUUCUCCGCCUUUUUCGGCGGUGUCGGAGCCGCCGAGGAGCGGGAGCGGGAGCAGGAGCAGGAGCGCAGGUUCCUGUUCGGAGACUCGUACCGCAGAAGGGUGUUCUUCAAUUACGAGAAGAGGAUUAGGACGCGCAGCCCUCCAGAGAAGAUCUUUGAGUACUUUGCGUCUGUCCACAACCCAGAGGGUGAAAUGUACAUGUUACCGACCGACUUGAUGAGGGCGGUCGUUCCUGUUUUCCCUCCAUCCCAGUCAAAAAUUGUCAGGGAAGGGAGAUUGAAGGGGGAACGCCACCCUGGCGAGCUACAUUGUGCUCCGUCUGAGUUUUUCAUGCUAUUUGAUACAAAUGGUGAUGGAGUCAUCUCCUUUUCUGAGUAUAUCUUCUUUGUAACAUUACUCAGCAUCCCUGAAUCAAGCUUCAAUGUGGCUUUCAAGAUGUUUGACCUUGAUCACAAUGGGGAAAUUGAUAAAGAUGAGUUUAAGAAAGUGAUGACUCUGAUGCGGUCCUACAAUAGGCAAGGAGCUUCCCACAGGGAUGGUUUGCGCUUUGGACGUAAGGUUGGUCAGCUGGUGGAAGAUGGUGGACUGGUUGAGUACUUCUUCGGCAAGGAUGGGAACGAACACCUACACUAUGACAAGUUCUCUAGCUUUUUGAAGCAGUUGCAUGAUGAGAUUGUUCGCUUGGAGUUCAGUCACUAUGAUGUGAAAUCAUCCAAGACAAUACCUGUGAAGGACUUUGCAUUGUCCAUGGUUGCUUCUGCUGACAUGAGUCACAUAAACAAGCUACUGGACAGAGUUGAUGAUUUGGAUGACAAUCCUGAUCUCAAGGAUCUGUGCAUUACCUUUGAGGAGUUUAAGGCAUUUGCUGAUAUUCGGCGAAGGUUGGAACCAUUUGCAAUGGCUAUCUUCAGCUAUGGCAAAGUAAACGGUUUGCUGACAAAGCAAGAUCUGAAGCGUGCUGCAUCGCAUGUUUGUGGAGUGGACUUGACUGACAAAGUAGUGGACAUAAUUUUCCAUGUGUUUGAUGCUGACCGUGAUGGUAACCUAAGCUCGGAGGAGUUCCUGAGGUCAUUACAAAGACGAGAAAGUGACAUUCGCCAGCCAACAACUUCAGGUUUCCUAGGGGUGGUCGCCUGCUGGAUGAACUGUACAAAGUGCUCUCUUCAACAGAUGCUGCCCCAGUAGAAUAUUUUGAUGCUUGCGAUACAGCCUUCUGUCGCCCUGGGCUGCUCUCUGUUUAAUCUAGGAGCUGGAGAAGCGAUCGGUAACCGAUAGGGUUCUGAAGUGUGAGGACACGAUUGUGGUGUAAAUAUUAUCCUGCUCGAUGAUCAGAUCUGGUCGUACACAUACUACGUAGCAGAUGUAGGGAAUGUAUAACUUACGUUCUCGCCCGAGGCUCAGAUGACAGCUCUCUUCUCCACUGACGUUAAAAACGACCAUCGACUUCACCGGAACCUUUUGCUACCUGUCGUGUUUUAGUUCUAUCCUCAGAUGCUAAUAUUCCGUGGCUGGACAAUCACACUUGUAAUCCCAUAACUAGUCGAUGUUUUCCCGAAUAAGUGAAUGAUAAUGAUAAUCUGUUGGAAGAAUUAGUUUGUA